AUGUCGUUCGCGCUACCCAGUCUGCUUUAUGACUAUGCGGCCUUGGAGCCACAUAUUGAUGCGUUGACGAUGCAGAUUCACCACACGAAGCAUCAUGGCACGUACAUCAACAACUUGAACGGAGCUAUCCAGGGUGAGCACGGCGGCUCGCUGAAAGGUCUCUCCCUGGAGGCCAUCUGCCGGAACGUGAAUUCGGCUCCAGAGGCAGUCCGGACUACGGUCCGUAACAACAGUGGCGGGCACUGGAACCACACCUUCUUCUGGACUAUUAUGGCACCAAGCGGCACAGCGGCGUCGGCGCCCAGCGGGGCACUCAAGAACGCCAUCGAGUCGCAGUUUGGGAGCGUGGAUUCAUUCAAGGAUCAGUUCAACAAGGCGGCUGCAGGACGUUUUGGAUCCGGAUGGGCCUGGCUCUGCAUGAACCAGAAUAAGCAGUUGUUCAUCACGAGCACCCCGAACCAGGACAACCCGCUCAUGAGCGGUAUUGCGGAGAAACCCGGCUUGCCUAUCCUGGGUCUCGAUGUCUGGGAACACGCCUAUUACCUCAAGUACCAGAACCGUCGACCGGAAUACAUCGCUGCUUGGUGGAACGUUGUGAACUGGGACACUGUAGCCAAGUACUAUGACGAAGCGUCUUCCGGGAAAGCGCCGGUACUCGAUGUGCCUCUGCAGUGA